ACCGCCCCGCCGCAACUGCACCACUUUGUCAGGCCAACCAGCCAGCAGCCUCGUCGGCUUCGUCGUCGUCGUUGUCGUCGUCGUCGUCGUCGUCAUCCAUGCCUUGUUGCCCUGCCGUACCGUGGCCUGCUGCUUGCUCUGCUCUGCUCUGCUGUGUGUUGAAUUCACAUUCAUUUCGUGCGAUGUGAAAAAUAAAAAUGGCUGUAAAUAUCUUGAUAUCCGAGCGAUAUAGGUGAAAAAUAACAGUUUCAUAGUGUUUUUCGGGAAAUUUUACCCCAAAACUUGGUGUCGUAGGUACAGAUUAGUGCCACGGAUAGCUGAGUGGUGGAGUUUGAAGGAUUUGAGCAGGUGGAAGAGUGUUUUUGUGAAAUUUGAAACUACUCAUUUUUGUACAGUUCUGGAAUAGUUUUUUUUUCUGGUGCAAAUCAGUGGUCGUUUCGAAUGGCAGAAGAAUCUUUGUGAUGCUGACGUCGGUUUUUUCUGAUUGGCAGUGGAAGUUAAGCAUCAUCGCUCGACGAAGGAAAAAUCUCUUGUGCUAUAAUCAUUAAUCAGAAGGCGAAAAAAUAGAAAUUAGUGCUAGUGCGAACAUCUGCGUUCGGCUGUAAAUAUAUGAUGAGCGAGAAGAAAAAUAUCAAAUAAGUCCAUUAUCUCGCUCGAUACCUGUACAGAGUGCUAAAGAAUAAUUCAAAUAAUCGAUAUCGUUAAUCGAGAGUGCUACGAGAGUGAAAAGAAGAGGAAGAAUCGAAUUUGUUGCUGGUCUUGGAGCGAAGCUCUGCAAUCAGUCGCGGUGUCCUAUCAGUGUGAGCGUGCAACCAAGACCCCGGCCCUGGAAUACGAAAGGGGCAGAAUCCGAUGAAUUGUAUUGAGGAAAAAAAGAAGAAAAAGGAAAAAAUAACCCAAGUGAUGUAAGGAAGCGGCAGACAGAAGAAAUCACGUGCAAAAGUUGAACACAGCUUCGUACCGGAAAACGACCGUAAGAGCAAUAAGGAAACCGAAACAGAAUCGCGCAAAAUCUGGUUUUCUCUCACCGAGAAACCGUCCGUCGUCGUCGUUGUCGUCGUUGCAGUAGCGCUUGAAGCGCGCAUCGAACGGAACACGCACACCUGUCAAGAUAGGGAAGAUGGACAAAGAUGGUGACAAGAAGGGUGGUGACAAAAAAGGUGGGCAAUCCGGAGCCGGCUUGGGAGGCGCAGCCGGUGUUCCGGAUCCUGCCUCAAUACUUGACGCAGCUUCGCUGUUCGCAUACUGGGGACGUGACCCCUCGGCGAUGGCUGCAGCAGCAGCCUCGAAUCAACUGUUCGGUUCCCAGUUCGGAAUGCCCGGCGGUCUCGGUGGACUAAUGCCGAACGCAGCGGCCAGCUCUGCCGGCGGUUCCGACCGCUAUUCGAUGUCCCACUCGCACCCGAACACAAUGGCUGUGGCCGCAUCGCAGGCGGCUUCCCUGGCCGGUUUGCAUUCCAGCUGGUGGUCCAUGGCGCAGCUAGCGGCACAGGACUACUUUGCGCGGCUGCAGGCAACCGGCAUGUCGCAGCUACAGUUUCCACACGGUGCCGAUUUGGCCGGUGCAUUUCCCGGCGGGCUAGGCCUCGGCGCACUCGGUGCGGCCGGUGCCGGUGGCGCAGGUGGAGCCGGCAGCACCGGUGGCGCCGGCAGUGGAGGAAGCAAUGGAAAAGGCUCCGGCGGUGGUAAAGGCAAGAAACGGGACCGAAGUAGCAACAGUAACAGUAGCAAUGCCAGUAGCAGCGGAGGAGGCGGAGGAGCAAAUUCGUCAUCAUACAAGAACUCACCCUCUCCGUCCGUAUCGCAGGCGGCAGCGGCUGCAGCCUAUAAGCAGUCUCUGUACAGCCAAGCCACCCUGCACAAAGAACUGAUGGCCAUCACGGCGGCGGCAGCUGCAGCACAAAGCCAGCAGCAAGCUUCGGCCGGUGGAAUCGGUGGCGGUGGUGGCGGAAGUGGUGCUGGCUCCGGCAUCGGUGGCGCUAGCAAUCAGUCUGGUUCGUCAAAAUCCAAAUCCUCCUCGUCAUCCCACGGUGGUGGCAGCGGCAUCGGUGGAAGCAAUCGGGGUGGUGGUGGUGGCGGCAACAGCAGUGCCGGAAAUGACGUACUAUCGCUCACACGAGGAUCCUCAUCGUCGCCAUCGGUCAAUUCGUCGUCCAAAUCGCAGCAGCCAUCGCCGAGCGUCACCAUCAGUGCCAGCAAUCUGUCCAAUUCGUCGCCCGGGAACCACCUGCAGAACCUAUCGCGGUCUGGCAAGGAUUCCGGAAAAGGCGGCGGCGGAGGUAGCAGUUCAGUAUCGGACUUAGGUCUGAGUGCAUCCAUGAACGCCCUCAGUACACUUUCGCAGUUUGGCAAUUUGGACCUGUCCACACAGCAGAAUGUUACGGCAACGAUGAAUGCGUUGGCUGCCAGCUCUGCCAAAGCGAAAGACUAUAUGUCAUCCGGAAUACUCAACGAUCCGUCUUCGUUGCUCGGGGUGCGCCUACCGCCGGACACCGAGAUCAUUAAAUAUACCAGUUCAAUCGCGAGCCCGAAAGUGCCGGGAUCGACCGGGCGUGGACGUAAGAAACCCGUAUCGUUAGAUGAAAGUUCAAUUUUUGCUCAAUUACAUGGUUUAAGUGCAGCCAAACGAGCGAGACUGGAAUCGAACGAUUUCGGACUGCAGGGUACGGUUGGUGGUUCCGGUCAGGGUGGCGGAAAUGGCACCAGUGGUGCCGGUAAUUUGUCCGCUCAUGGUGCGGGGGGUUCGAGCGGUAGUUCGACGAGCACCAGUGUCAACAACGAUCGGAUCGAAGUUAUCAAAUUGCCUCCUACAAUCACGUCCAACGGAGUGUAUAACGCCGGAAAAGGAAAAGACUCCUUAUCAGAUCCGGUGAAUGAGUGGGCCGGUUUGAAUCUCAGUGCAAAAUCUUCCCCAUCGAUUGCAUCCUCACUAGCGGCGGCGGCUGCUGCUGCAGCAGCGGCAGUCAACGAGCCACAGGAUGAUGCACCACUAAAUCUGUCAAUGAAACCAUCAAAAUCGUCCGACAGUCGAGAAUCAUCCGUGCCUCCUUCCGGCUCUACGACCCCCAGUGCCAAUAGCCUACAGAGUCUCAGUACAAUCACGGCAGCUCUGGGAACUUCUGGUGGAAGCUGCAAUUCGGAUACGCCACGAUCUCGUCGAAAAUCCAACAACAAAAACCGCUCGGCUGCAGCAGCCUUUGCGUCCUCGCUGGCCACUGGCAACGCUUUGGGUGGCAGUGCUUCAUCCGGCGACACUAGUAACGCACUAAACAGUAGCAUCAGUUCACUGCUGUUGGCUGCAAGCGGCGGUGGCAGCAGUGGCGCUGGUAGCGGUACCUCCGCUGCGACUGGUAGUGGCAACGGGAACCAAACGGCUGGUGGAAGCGCUGCCACCGGAGCCGGUGCUGCCGGCGGAGGGGGAGCCAGCGGUGUGAACAAUCAUUUGGCAGCCCAGCUUGGGCUGAACAGCUCGCUGUCCGAGCUGCUGAAGAUCUCCAAUUACGAGGAGUACGAUUAUGCGGCGCUCACUGGAUCUCAGUUCAAGGAAGGCCGUCCACGCAAUCUCGGCCGGGGAGUAUCGAAGCCGAAAAAGAAUACGGUAGCGUCGCUGCUGGCACAAAGUCGGGCCGUUGGUUCGAAGCCAUUGACCGCGCAGCAGCUGCUUACCCAAGAGGCCGAAAUAGAAAAACUUCGCCAAGCAAUGAUCGAAGCUAGUCAAUCGAUGGAUAGUACAUCUAACACAAACACGGAUAGCGAAAGUGUAGCCGAGAGUGGAAUGUCCGAAUCGGAAGGGGAAGAGCAGAUAAACUUGAAGGAGCUGCGGGUUCCACUGGAAAAGGGUUGGCGGCGGGAGACGGUUAUCAGGGGACUCACCAAGAAUGGUCAGAUAAAGGGCGAAGUAUUCUACUAUCCACCCCAGAGUUUGAACAAAAUGAAAGGCAUGAAUCAGGUGCAAUUGUAUCUGGAUCAGUUUAAACCGAAAGAUCUAAACCGGGACCACUUCAGUUUCUCGGCGAAAGCAAUCGUUGGAACGUUCCUGCAACCGGCACCACCACCGUAUGCUACUGAUGGUGAGUAUAUCAAGAUGACCGACGUAGAGGUCGCCCGAAGAUUGGAGGAGCUGAAAAUGUUCACGCGUCAUACCGCGUUGGGGGUGGAACAGCGAAUCGAAAUCGCCAAGCAACAGCAAGCUUUGAGGGAUGCUAAGAAAAUGGCCAAGGACGAAAUCAACAAGAACAAGGAGAAGGCUCGACAGGCAAAAGAGGCUGAACGCAGCGAGCGAUUGGAGCAGCAGCGAAAGGAGCGGGAGCUCAAAAAUCAGCAAGCUUUAGAGGCCAAGAAAAAGAGGGAGGAAGAACUGGCUCGACAGAAGGCAGAGGAGGCCGCUCGAAAGCAGCAGGAGAAAGAACAGAAACGGCAGCAGGCACUAUUACAGAAAGAACAGGAACUCGCCAAACAGAAAGAGCUGAUGUACGCCGUUGAAAUGGAAAGGGAACGACGGCGACAGCAUAUGGCCCUGAUCAAGCAGCUAGAACUUCGACGGAAAUUCGAAGAGAAGGAGAAAAAGAAGCAUCAGGUUAUCCUGGACAAACUAAUCCAACGUGAGAAGAAGUUAGCCAUGCGAAAACGAGAUACCAGCAUUCUUCAGGAACUAAGAAAACCCCAGGAAGAUUCGGAAAUCGUCGACCAAACCGAUCUGCCCGGUCUGCCCCGAAUACCGGGACUAAAGCUCACCGGUACCGGUUUUGCCGAUCUGCUGAUGGUGUUCGAGUUCCUGCACAACUUUGGUGAAACCCUCGGUUUCGGUGAGUCCACGGAUAUGGAAUCACUGCCUACGCUACAGUCACUGCAUUCGGCGCUGACCUGCGACAACGCGCUCGAAGCCGAAGAGGAACUGCUGUCGGUGAUGACGCACCUGCUGGUGUGUGCUAUCGAGGAUCCCGGUAUACCGAAUCCGGGACGGCACACCACACUGCUGGGGCAAACGCUUCGGCAGGCUGACAUCACUCACUCGAAUGUUUCGGAAAUCCUACGGAUAUAUCUGUAUGCGGUCGCGAUUGGGGAGGUGAAACAGCAGAGUGGCAUCAAUUUGGAGCGGGAACGUGAGCGUCAUCAUUUGCCCACGGAAGAGGAUAUCAAGACUGCCAGUGAUAAAAAUAGACAAUUCUACGAACUACUGUCGGAGAACAUGCGUUACAAGCUGUCAGAGCUGCUCAAGGAUAAGCCAUUUGUAUCUAUCAAUCCCACAACUAAGGCGCAAAUUUUGGCAAUGCUGUGCAAUGAUUUGCUGUUAAAUAAGGCGGUUUGUAAACAAAUCGAGGGUAGCCUGGAGGCACAAGCUCAACUGAAAAAGGAGCGGUACUUGUUGGAUAAUAAAAUCAGAAAAUACAAAAUGUUGGUCGCGCGAAAACAACGGUUGGAACAAUACGAAAAAGCCCAGGCAGCUGCCCUGGAGAAAUCGUUGUCCAUGAAGGCGGCUGAGGAUGCCAAACGGGCAGAGGAAGCAGCCGCUGCUGCUGCCGCCGCCGCGGCUGCUGAUGAAAGUGGUAACACAACCGGUUCAGUUGAACACCAACCAGGGGAGGAGAAGACUGACGGCGGUGAAGUAACCGAGGUAAACGAUGAUGCUGCAGAUCCCCCCUUGGUGGCAGCUGGUGAAGGAGAAAAUCCAGCACCUCUUCCGGUGCCAGAAUCGGAGCACAAUCACAAGGAGGAAACAGUGAUACACCCAAGUCAGGAACCGACUCCUUUGAAUAACGGAACUAGCACUCCGAUGGAGGAAAGCCCUAUUAAGGUUCCACCACUUCCACAGAUGCACGAUGAUUCGCUGGCAAAACCGAAAGAGAUGAAUUUCAACGAAAUGGGUGACAUGUCUGGCCUAAAUGUGUCGCAGCAAACAACUGCUGCAAGCGAGCUCGAUAAUCCUUUCUCCAAGUCAAUGAUUCACGAUGCUCCGAGCGAGCGAAACGAUGAAGACAACAGUGAUCUAGAGAGCGAGGGAACUCAACUGGAAGAGGACGAAGACGCACAGCUGACGGCAGAGGAGGCACAGAGAAAAUAUGACAAAAUUUUGGAAGAAUCGUUCCAAAACAAGCAACAGCUGGAGUACGCACUGAAUCAGUUGCGUGUGAAGUGUUUCGGUCAGGAUCGCUAUUGGCGCCGGUAUUGGAAUCUGUCCAAGUGUGGCGGUAUUUAUGUAGAAGCUAUGGAAUCCACCCAGUCGGAUGUGAGCAAGUAUGAAAAUGCUCUCGAUGAGGUGUAUGCUAGUCAGUUGGCACAAGAGGCAGCGACUGCCGCAGCGGACACAGAAGCGCGACAGGUUAACGAAACGGUUGACGAGGAGAUACCUCCGGAGGAUGAUUUACCACGUUUUAUUCCCACGAUAGCUGAUAUCGUUAAACGUGAUCGAGAUAAAAAUAAGGAAAACAAAGAUUCCAACGAGUUUCCACUUCACGUUGGGCUGGAGGAACGCAAGCGAAAGCGUUCGGGUAGAAGCAAAAAGAAGCACGAUUUCUACAAUCAAGAAAACGCAAAUGACAGUGAAUCUCAGGAUGUUCAGGAAGAGGAUAAUUCCAGAACUAGCUUCAGCAAUUGCGAAGAAAGCCGAACGGAUUCGCACUCCGAAGCUGAUCAUCUGGCAGUAAUGCCGUCAGCGGCAGCCGCACCGUUUGAAGAUCAACAGGCAGCGAAGGUGAUGCCAUCGGUGCCCGUGACUGUGCCACCACCACCACCGCCACCGAUGGUGCACCAGGAACCGCCCGUUCCGGCACCGAUUCCGCUGGGAGUAAAGAAAAAACGCGAGGAUGACCAUCUGAUGGAUAUAGAGGACUCUAUCCCCACUGCGAUUCUAGUACAAAAGGGCAACAACCACGACGAAACCAAAAUUGUCGAGGUGAACAACCAGAUCGGAGGAGUGAACGUUAAUCGUCAGCAGCAGGAUGAUGGGGAUGUUCAGCUGGUUCAAGAGGAAACGCCUACCAUUACCAUUCCGGACGACGAUACGGAAAGUGGUGACGCCAAUCGACAUAAUCCCGGCGAUAUGCAGCGGCAGGAUUGCACCGAUCUGAAUCCCAACGGCACCGGCGGUCUCGUUGGUGGAAGCAACUGUGAUAUUAAGCCAAAACUGGAGAAUGGUGAAAUCGGCUCCGGCUGCGAAUCGGGAGAGGAUGGCCACGGUAGUAAAGCUCUCUAUGGUAACGAUGUGGAGAUGAUGGAACUAAAGGAGGAGAAGGUGAAAGCGGAAUUCCAGCACAGUAUGAAUCAGUAUCUGAUGGAACGUUGGUUUUCCAUUGUCGAUAAGGAUCUACCUUUGAGCAGUACCGAGUGUCCACUUCCUUCGCUCAAAGGAACCACACCGGCUGCGAUGGCUCGGCAGAUCUAUACGAAUAUUACCUGUAAAGAGAUAUGCCAGAUACAGGGCAAUCGCUGGGAUAUUGGUAACAAUAUUCAAUUUUUCAGUGUUCCACUGGAGAAAGGAGUGGAUAUUCACUUUAAAAAUGAAUCCAUUUUGUCUUCGUCUGGAUUAGACGAAGAAGAAAUGAACGACGUUAUUGCGAAGAAACUAAAAAAAGAAUCGGAGCAAUUGACGGAUAUUAAGCCGGUAACUAAACGGGAAUCCGUUGAUGAUAAUCAGUUGGAUGUAAAACACGAUAUUAAACAGGAAGGCGAAUCGGAAGAGUUUGGAUCGUUUUCACUUCCGGCCUAUAUGACGCUUACUUUGAGUAAUUUGACUGCCUACGUACAGUGUGAUCAGUUUCAGCCAUUACAAAUGACACCUGAAGAACGAAAACAGUUGGAAGAAAUCAAGAUUCGUGGAAGCUUGCAGAAGCCGGAAAUCAAACCGAUCGAAAAACAGCUUCGCCACGGUUGGUGGAAGAUCAACGAAAUUGAAGAAUUAAAUGAUUUCAUAAAAUCACUAAACCCGCGAGGAGUUAGAGAGCGAAGUUUGCGCCAGAACCUGCUGGAGUCAUUGUCUGAUAGUGUUAAUCUUACUACGCCGUAUCAUGUAGCUCAUCCGCGGACGGCUCCGCCGCAAACUGGUUGGAUCGAGUCCGAACCGUGGAAUGCGUGGAAUCCGGCGAUUGCUCGACGGGUGGAGAUUGCACUGCUGGACCAGAUCGAAGCGAUGGAAGACAAGGUUGCAUCUGCUUCAAUGCAGAUCAAGGGUUGGCAAAUCCCGCAGCGAGAAGGGGACAGCGAUAACGAAGUCGCCGAGGAGGUUACCAUCGAUAUGCUGCGGGAGCGUAUUGCCGGACUGGAGGCAGCCAUCGAGAGGCGUUACCUUAAACCGCCGCUGGGAAUCAAUACGACGGAAGCCCAGAUGGCUGUGAUUGCACAGCAGGAAUCGCAUAAUCACAGCGCUGCGAUGGCCAACACGUCCAACUGCUCGAACAGCUCCGAGGACGAAAACAUUCCGAAAGGGCUUGUGUCAUGGCGCGACGCGGUCGAACGAUCGGUCACUACCGCCCAACUAUCGAUGGCACUGUACGUGCUCGAGUCGUGCGUCGCGUGGGACAAAAGCAUCAUGAAGGCGAAUUGCCAGUUCUGCCAGUCGGGUGAGCAGGAGGAUAAGUUGUUGUUGUGUGACGGAUGCGAUCGGGGUUAUCAUACCUACUGCUUUAAGCCGCGAAUGGACAAGAUUCCUGAUGGUGAUUGGUAUUGUUUCGAGUGUAAGAAUAAAGCUACCGGUGAUCGAAAAUGUAUAGUCUGUGGAGGCCAGCGGCCUCCACCCUUAGGUAAGAUGGUGUACUGUGAAUUAUGCCCCCGAGCGUAUCAUCAGGACUGCUAUAUUCCACCUAUGUUAAAGUAUCCUAGAGGCAAAUGGUAUUGCCAAAAUUGCAUCUCGAAAGCUCCGCCCAAGAAGAAGCCGCAGCGCAAACCCAAAGAGAAGCAAAACCACAACUCCUCGUCGACCCAGCUUAACCAGUCCAAUCUUAGCAAUCAGUCGGCCAACCAGUCGUUGAAUUCAUCGCACGAAGAGAUCCCACCGUCGACGACACCAACGCACAUGCCGGGCACGCCGGUUUCCAAUCCGAACUCGAACGUAAACAUCACCCCUCUAAGUCCAGCACAUUCAGUAGCAUCCACGACCCAUGAAGAGCUGUCGUCGACUACUGCCGUCGCCCAGUGUUCCACACCGAUGCCAACGCAGUCAGAGUUCAACCAUCAAGCUGCUCCUCUUCCCUCGCACCAUCAGCAGGCAAUUGCCUAUCCGCAGCAGCAGCAGCCGUACUCCAACCUCGAAGGAACUCCGGCGUCUAGUGUACUCAACAGCUUUCAACUGCCGCCACCGCCGUUGACCAACAACUAUGAUCCACAACAGCAGCAACAACAACAACAGCAGCAACAGCAACAACAGCAGCAGCAUCAACAUCAACAACAUUAUCAGCAUUACUACCAAUCUCAGCCACAGCAACAUCAGUAUUACCCACAGCAGCAGCAUCUGCCUCAAAUGGUCGAUUAUAACAUGUACGCCCAGCAUCCGAUGCAAUCUCAGCAGCAUAUGCUGCCGGAAUCUCACCUGUAUCAACCAGCCGGAAGCAGCAAUGUUGCUUCGGUUGCGCCCGGAAUGAUACCGUACGCAAACAGUCAGCCGCCCGUUGACAACAGCAGCGGUAUGGAUAGCAGCAGCCUAAACGUUUCGAUGGGAAGCAACGACGGUGGUUCUUCGCAGUACGAAGGCCACCACACGCCACAGCAGCAACCCUGCCAGGACAAUAGCGGUAGCAGCAGCAUAACGACACCCGGUUCCGCUUCCGCUGGGUACUAUUCUCCGUCGAGUGCGAAUGCAUGCGCCUCCGGUUCGGGAUACGAUUCGGAAAAGCACUGCGAGUCCUCCGAAGAGCAGCUACCGUCCGCUUCGGCAACCGGUGGCAGUAGCGGUUCGCACAAAUCCGACAAAAAGGAUCGCAAGGAACGCGAUGAAGCCCGCGAGCAGGCCAAGAAGGAGAAAAAGGCCACCAAGAAGCUGAUGAAGGAGCUGGCCCCGUGCAAGACGGUACUGGAGGAAAUGGAGGUGCACGAAGAUUCCUGGCCAUUUCUGCUGCCCGUAAACACCAAACAGUUCCCGACCUAUCGGAAGAUCAUCAAAUACCCGAUGGAUUUGUCGACCAUCAAGAAACGCCUACAGGACAUGGUUUACAAAUCCCGUGAUGAUUUCAUCGCCGACGUGCGGCAAAUAUUCGACAAUUGCGAGGUCUUCAACGAGGAUGACUCGCCGGUUGGUACGGCCGGGCACGGAAUGCGUAAGUAUUUCGAGCAACGUUGGGCCGAACUGACCGAAAAGCACGCGUCAUGAUAUCACGCCGGCAGC